AUGGCGGUCGCCAUGUGGGCGUUGCCACCGCCGCUGCUGUCAUCCCCGCCCCCCGGGCCGCCCCCAACGGAGCUGCGGCUGCGCCUGGACGCGCACGUGCCCGUGGUCCUGGGGCUGGUGCCCGACUACAUCCACUACACCGUGCCUUUGCUCGAGGCGCCCUCGCCCAUGGACGUGUCGGCCGCGGGCGCCGGGGACCCCGACGACGACGACGAGGAGGACGAGGACGAGGAGGUGGACGCCGAGGGCCCGGCCGACGCCGACCUGUGCGCGGAGCCCGCGGGGGCGGGGACGGGGGCGGGGCCCGCGGUGACCGGGCUGCUGGUGCUGCAGGGCCCCCGCGCGGACCUGCCCCCGCUGUGCCCCCUGCUACCUCCCCUGCAGAGGACCCUGGCCGCGCUGGCCAGGCCCGAGCCGCACGUGGCCUUGGGGCUGGACGCGGGCGCGGCGCCCGGCCCGGCGCUGGCCGCCAGCAGCCUGACGGAGGAGCUGAAGAAGCUGGCGCGGCAGGGCUGGUACUGGGGCCCCAUCACGCGCUGGGAGGCCGAGGGCAAGCUGGCCAGCGUGCCCGACGGCUCCUUCCUGGUGCGCGACAGCUCCGACGAGCGCUACCUGCUCAGCCUGAGCUUCCGCUCGCACGGCAAGACGCUGCACACGCGCAUCGAGCACUCCAACGGCCGCUUCAGCUUCUACGAGCAGCCCGACGUGGAGGGCCACGCCUCCGUCGUGGACCUCAUCGAGCACUCGGUGCGCGACUCGGAGAACGGCGCCUUCUGCUACUCGCGCUCGCGCCUGCCCGGAGCCGCCACCUACCCCGUGCGCCUCACGCACCCCGUGUCGCGCUUCAUGCAGGUGCGCUCGCUGCAGUACCUGUGCCGCUUCGUCAUCCGCCAGUCCACGCGCAUCGACCUCAUCCAGAAGCUGCCGCUGCCCGCCAAGAUGAAGGCCUACCUGCAGGAGAAGCACUACUGAGGCCCGGGGGUCGGGGUGGGGGUGGGGGGCCCGGGCGCCCCUCCUCCCCGCGGAGCAGAGUGAGCCCGCCCCCGC